AUGAUCGCUACGAAGCUAUUUAUAAUUUGUUUGUGUUAUCAAUUGUGUUGUAACAUACAUAAUUUCCGAACGAUCGACAGUAUCAGACAGGAAAAACCGUGUUCAUCACAAGGUAUAUGCACUAUAGCAGCUGAUUGUCCUAAAGGUAAUCUCGUGGAACAAUCGGGAUUAUGUCCGACGCAAAGAAGCCGAGGAGUCGAAUGUUGUUAUGGACUCUCGGUGAAAGAAACACGUUGUGGAAAGCGCGGAGGCACAUGUAUACCGGCAGAAGAAUUUUGCUAUCAUAAGCUGAUUUUUCAUAAAGCAACCGACUGCGGAUACGGAUUCAAGUGUUGUAUAUUGGUCUGA